AUGAAAAUAUCAGCAGAAAAAACAAAAUCAGUAGUAAUCUCUAAAGAACCAAUAAGAUGCAAAUUAGAGAUUGAUGGCCAGAUGAUGGAACAAGUGAUGUCGGUUAAAUAUUUGGGAAUCAAGUUAACAUACAACAACGAUAUAAAAGAGGAAGUGAGAGAACAGACAAUGAAAGCCACCAGAAUAGCAGGUUGUUUGAAUGAUGCGAUAUGGAGGAAUAAGCACAUAAGAACGGAAACAAAAUCUAGAAUAUACAAAUCUGUUGUUAGACCAGUUAUGACCUACACCGCCGAGACGAGACCACAAACAAGUAAAACUCAAAGAUACCUGGAAACAAGCGAGAUGAAAACACUGAGAAAGAUUGCAGGAAAAACAUUGUGGCACAGAGAAACAAAUGAAAGCAUAAGACGCAUAUGCGAGGUUGACAAUGUUAACACUUGUGUAAAGAACAGAAAACGGGAAUGGAACCAACACAUAAACAGGAUGACGGAACAGCGGAUAGUAAAGAUAGCCCGAGAUAAGUCGCCGGGAGGUCGAAGAAGUGUAGGACGCCCGCGAAGACGAUGGAACGACGACUUAUGA